GGGGCAUUUUUAUCUGGUAUUCCCACCACACCUACGGAGUCUCAUUUACGCACGGGACGCACAGGACCCAUUAUAUCCAAAACGCACGGACUGUACCGCACUCCCCGACAGAUCUCCCUUCUCUACGCCGCUCCUCACACACCGAUCGUCGGUCAUGUUUCGCUGCGGGAUUGCCUACCCCCGAUGCAGGUGGAUCGUGCCCCUGCUGCUGCUCUUCGCCAUUAUUUUUGACAUUAUCGCCAUCGCCGCUACCUCUGGAUGGGUCGAGGAUGAAGACGCCAAGACCCACUACGCCAGUAUGUGGGAGCAGUGCCGAGGCAGGAAUGACAUCUGGGACUGCAAGACGCUCAUGGAGUUCCCCUGGGCCAUGGCAGUGGCUGCUCUGAUGAUCAUCGGCCUCCUCAUCCUCAUCGUCGCCUUCAUCAUCUCCUGCGUGGCUCUGUGCUGCACGCUCAACUUCACACUCCUGCCAGUCAUCGGAGGAAUGCUGGUCCUUGUUGUGAUUCUCCAGGUCAUCGCUCUGAUCGUCUACCCAUGCGAAUUCAACGAGAUGAUCUUCGAGGGUCACUAUUACUACACCUGGGCCUACGGAUUCGGCUGGGGCGCCACCAUCCUCUGCAUCGGAUGUGCCGUCCUCUUCUGCUGCCUGCCACGCUACGAGGACGAGCUCACAGGCCUGAAGAAAGUGAAAUACCUCUAUACCUCCGCUUAAAAACUCAACCUGCACACCCUCCCGAUUACAGACAUUUCCACUCUGAGCUAGGGAAAAAUGUUUACUCUGUACCAUUUCACCAAAGCUCCACGGUGGCUCAGUUCAGUUAGAUUUGGUUCGUGAAAAACCCUCCUCGAACAUCAGAGGCAAUGGGUCAUUCUUCCAGGAAGUGGACUGUGAUUGGAUGUUGCAUCUCCUUUAAUGUACAGACCUCUAUAUUAGAUUAAGACAGCAUCAUAAAAAGAUAUUUUUACCAUUUAACAUUCUGCAUUUUAAUGUGAGAUACAUUCCUCAUUUUAUCUGUACUUUUUACCAAUAAUUCUCAAUGCAAGAUCACCCAAGUGCACUUAACCUAAGGGAUGUCAUUAUAUGUAAAGAAUAGCUUUAAUCUGGUUUAUUGUAGAACUCCUAAAACCUUGCUAGAAGAAAAAUUCUGACUACAUUUUGCACAGGAUGGAAAAAGGACAUUUGGUUUUGUCCAAUAUGUUAUAGUUUUCAGUUCUUUAAUCUAUGUCUACUAUUCUGUAUGUGGUUGUGUGUAAGGUGGAUCCAAAUGCUUGGAGUAAGAAGCUGAAUGUAAUCUAUGGAAAUGUAGUUUUAACAUUUGUUUUUGCACCUUUUUUUUUAUUGGAUUUCUUUUGCUAAUUCUUGUCUGCUAUUUGUUCUCAAAGUUUUGUAUUCUUACUUAUUGUCAAAAGGGUUUGAGUGGGGGUUUGCUGUACUGUCUUUGUAUAUGUUCUGAACACUAAUAAUACACUUGAUGAGGAGACACAGCGUGUAAUGUUUGAUUGAAUUGGCUGCAGUUGUUCGUUCUGUCACUCUACACUGGAAAGCAAAUUAAUAUAUUUUAGGUACACUUUGAUUGAUCUUGAUAGUUAAUUUCCCAUGCACAUUUAUAACAUGUGUCAACAUUUGGCUUAAAGGGAGCAAUAUAAACUCAAAACUUCCAGUGUUUUUUUAUGUCCCAUUGCCUCAAAGUUCAAAAACAAGACUUUCCCUGAAAGAUAACCAAUCGUGUUUUUUCUAAAAGUUUUCAUAAGGUUUAAAAACGAUUCUUCUCCUAACAAUCGGCUGGUUUGAUGAGACACUGAACCAACAAUCUCCUGACAUACGGUGUGUUUAACAUGUGCCUUAGCUUCUUCACUGCAGUGUUGCUGAAUGUCCCUAGAACUAGUCAGUCCGGUUUCACUCACGCUUCAUCCCAGUCAGCAGUUACAGUUCUGUUCAUGCCAAGACCAAAUCCGUGCACAAACAAGACCAAGCUUUAUUGUUUUUACCACAGUAAAGAGUUUUAACUGUUCAAUGAAAACAACUUUUAUGUAACUGCAUAAAAAAGUGCUUUAUCUUUUGAUUUGGUAGACAUUUUAACUGAGAGUCAGUACAAACUGUGCUAGGUUUACACAUGGAGAAGGUAAAAACAAACAAGCUUUUACUUACGACAUGUGUCGCUCUUAAUCUUUUUAAGACAUUAUUAGUCGCUAUAGGGGAUAUAAUGUACGAUAAAGAUUGUCUUCAGCAUUCAUUAACUUCAGAAAAUCACCUGCUGUUCCUCUGCUGUAGUAUGAACUGUUUAUUUUUUGGUAGUCUGUGUAUUUUUAUGCAAUAAAAAACUUUUCUUUUGAAGCGAA